ACAUCCUCCCUAGCUCAGGUCAGCGAGUUCCUCUUCCCCGUCACGCGUAUCCUGCUCCACGGGUCCCUCAUCCACAAGGUCAGGCAGCUCUUCAGCGCCGUCGACAGCAUGUGGUACAUCGGCGACAACAUCAGCCUGAGGUGCAGCUUCAUAGAGCGUCGCCUCAUGUGCCUGGAGUUCAGCCCAUGGGAAACUCAGCGUCAGAUCGCGGCAGCGAUCCAGGAGUGGGACAUGAAUCAGGAUCCGCUUUACGGAGCCCGGCAAGCAUUUCAGCAUCUCGGUCGCUACUCCAGGAACUUCCUGCAGCGCACGCUUCAGGCGCCGUCCGCCCUCCAGUUGUCCACCAGCGCGAACAAAGCGAUUCAGGAGUCAGGCGAGGACGCCGCAGGCCCGAAAAUCACAGCGCUGACGCAGGGGCUCAGGCAGCACUGGGCCGUUCAGUUCCACGGCCAGGGCGACGGGCACGAGCCUACAGCGACAGUCGCCUCCCACAUCGGUCAGCUGACUCAGCACGAGCUCGUCGACUUUUACGGCUUUCACUAG